AUGCCUUCCAAGAAGCAGACCUCCUCCGGCGGCAACAAGCCGUCCGGCUCCGGCUCCGGCUCCUCCACCCGCUCGUCUUGCCACUGCCGCUGCAGCAUCGGUGGCUGGCUUAAGUUCUUCGCCAUCUUGUUCGCCCUGGUUGCGCCCAUCGCCUACGUCCUUGAGCAGCGUCUCGAGUCCUUCUACGUCUUCGAUACCGAGCACCUUCACGAUCUGUCCAAGCGCGCCAUUAGCGCUCACGGCAACGAUACUAAGGCUAUUGUCAAGUACAUCGUCGACGAGCUGAACGAGCGCAACGGCGUUGCUCCUUACGUGAACAACGAUGAGGAGUGGGUGUUCAACAACGCUGGUGGUGCCAUGGGUGCCAUGUACAUCAUCCACGCCUCCGUCACCGAGUACCUGAUCAUCUUCGGCACUGCCAUCGGCACUGAGGGCCACACAGGCCGCCACACCGCCGACGACUACUUCCACAUCCUCACCGGCACUCAGACUGCCUACGUUCCCGGCGAGUACGAGCCCGAGGUCUACCCUCCCGGUUCCGUCCACCACCUCGUCCGCGGCACCGUCAAGCAGUACAAGAUGCCCGAGAGCUGCUUCGCUCUCGAGUAUGCGCGCGGCUGGAUCCCUCCCAUGCUCUUCUUCGGCUAUGCCGAUACCCUCAGCAGCACGCUCGAUUUCCCUACCCUUUGGCGCACCUCCGUCAUCACCGGUCGGGAGAUGAUCGCCAACUUGCUUAAGGGCAAGUUCUAA